UGAACGCAGCUCACGGCAAGUUCAGCGUCAACACAGGAGCCAGUUUCUACAGAGACACUAAAAUCAGCUAUCACGGCGUGGAGGCCUUCGACAUGCCCUCCUUUGACUUGAGCCCUUUCUUCUACUCCGCCGCCAAGUUUAUUAAGACUGCCAUGAGCACCCCUGGAGGUAAGGUGCUUGUGCACUGUGCGAUGGGUCUGAGUCGCUCCUCGACGCUGGUUUUAGCGUAUCUGAUGAUUCAUGAGGGCAUGACGCUGGUGGAAGCCAUUAAAGCCGUCGCACAACACAGGAAUAUCUGCCCAAAUUCUGGCUUCAUGGAACAGCUGAGAGAACUGGACAAGAAACUACACUGCCACGGCACUGGCCUCUAACACAUGUUCAAUUGU